AUGACAGAAAAUCAAACAUGGGUCACAGAAUUCAUUCUCCUGGGAUUCCCACUCAGCCCACUGACUCAGGUGUUCCUCUUCGGGCUCUUCUCCCUGUUCUAUGCCUUCACCCUGCUGGGGAACAGCACCAUCCUGGGGCUCAUCUGGCUGGAUUCCCGACUGCACACCCCCAUGUACUUCUUCCUCUCCCACCUGGCUGUUGUUGACAUAGCCUAUGCCUCAAAUAAUGUCCCAAAGAUGCUGGCGAACCUUCUGAACAAGGAAAAAACGAUCUCCUUUGUCCCAUGCAUAAUGCAGACCUUUUUAUACAUGGCUUUUGCUCAUACUGAGUGUCUCAUCUUAGUAAUGAUGUCUUAUGAUCGAUAUGUGGCGAUUUGCCACCCCCUACGUUACACUGUCAUCAUGAACUGGAGAGUAUGCACGGUUCAGGCUGUCAUUUCCUGGGCAUGCGGCUCCCUGCUGGCCCUGGUCCAUGUGGUUCUCAUCCUGAGGCUGCCCUUCUGUGGGCCUCAUGAAAUCAACCACUUCUUCUGUGAGAUCCUGUCUGUCCUCAAGCUGGCCUGCGCUGACACCUGGCUCAACCAAGUUGUCAUUUUUGCUGCUUCUGUGUUUAUCUUAGUCGGGCCCCUCUGCUUGGUGCUGGUGUCCUACACGCGCAUCCUGUUCGCCAUCCUGAGGAUCCAGUCCGGGGAGGGCCGCAGAAAGGCCUUCUCCACCUGCUCCUCCCACCUCUGCGUGGUGGGGCUCUUCUUUGGAAGCGCCAUUGUCAUGUACAUGGCCCCCAAAUCCCACCACCCUGAGGAGCAGCAGAAGAUCCUUUCCUUGUUUUACAGCCUUUUCAACCCUAUGCUGAACCCGCUGAUCUACAGCCUGAGGAACACCGAUGUCAAGGGCGCCCUGAGGAGAGUGCUGUGGAUGGAGAGAUCAAUGUGA